CUAACGUUCCAGAGGAGACAAAGGUCACUGGUGGCAAUACAAAUUUCAAAGAUAUCGUGAUGUUCGAGGCUCGGCUUACGCAGGCUGAUGUAUGGAAGAAAGUCAUUGAUGCAAUAAAAGACCUCGUACAAGAAGCAACUCUUGAUUGUACAGAAAAUGGUAUCAGUUUACAAGCUAUGGAUAAUGCCCAUGUGAGCUUGGUGUCUUUGCUUCUGCGGAGUGAUGGCUUUGAGACAUACAGAUGUGAUAGGAAUCUUUCAUUAGGCCUGAACAUCACAAGUGCGUCUAAAAUUCUACGAUGUGCUAGUGGGAACGAUGCAAUUACUCUUAAGGCUGGAGAUAAAGCGGAUACACUGACAUUUGUUUUUGAGUCGAAAUCCCAAGAUCGGUCAUCGGAAUUUGAGAUCAAAUUAAUGGAUUUAGAUGUUGACCACCUGGGUAUUCCCGAUACUGAUUAUAAGUGCAUCAUACGAAUGCCUUCUGCACAGUUACAAAGGAUAUGUCGAGACCUAAGCCAAAUAGGAGAUUCCGUCGUAAUAUCGGUUGCUAAAGAUGGUGUUUCGUUCAGCUCAAACGGUGAUUUAGGUACUGGAAAUGUCAGGCUUUGUCAGUCCGCUAACGCUGACAAGCCCGAGGAGUCUGUUUCAAUAGAAAUGCACGAGCCUGUUUGCAUGACUUAUUCCUUGCACUAUUUCAACAUAUUCACUAAAGCCGCUCCACUCUCUAGCCAAGUUGUAUUAUCUCUGACUGAGAACGUCCCUGCAGGUAAUUUCACAUCUAACUUAACUUAUCUCGUAGUUGUGGAGUUUGAAAUUGAAGACCUAGGUUAUAUCCGAUACUAUUUAGCACCGAAAAUUGAAGACGAUGCCGAUUAGGAUAACUAAAGAAAACUCAACAGACUAUUUUUCUACUUACUGUGCAUCACAAUAAAUGUAAGAUUUCUUAAACAUGAUCCCGUGUAUUUUGAAUUUGUUCCAUGCCAUCUCAAGAAGUAGUAUUCAGCACCCGUACUUUGUAUUGUAGCUAUCACUGUUUUCUAAAUCUCGCUUGACAUUUUCACCAAUUUAUAUUACUUCAAACCUUGUAUUCUGUGUCGAAUCUUUGCUAAUACCAUUAAUGUUACUACCUUUACUACUCUAGUAUUUGAUUUAACAAUUUCGUUCCACUGUGCGAAUGAGGCAUGACAAUUUGAACGUAAAUAAACACGUUCCAGGUUCUACGUUGCAUUUGACCGACUAAUUAUGAUCUUACUAUUGUCUAGCCAUGUGCUUGCUGGUGUUACGUUCUCACAGAUUCUCACUGACUUGUUUCUAUUAAAAUACGUGUACUUGUAGGUAGUAAUUGCAACUCGCGUGUUUGUAAAUGGUCUACUUGGUGUUUAUAAACUAAGCUAUUGGUGGCUCAGACAUUAAAUCCUAUCGUUCAUUUCCUUUGUAGCUGUCUUAUCAGAUAUAGUUCUUAACUAUUAAGUCACAUAACUGUUUAUUUUGUGGUCGCCGGAUCUUGAUUAUAUCCGUCUGUCCACUGAAGGCUUAACAUUAAGAAUGCGCGAUAAAGCUCUUCCGUCGUUGUUAACCUACAUUUGGCUCUUUAAGUUACUGGCAGCUUGUUGCUGAUUGCAAGUAACUAAUAAAUUCAUUUUGAUGAUGGCGUGCACUAACACAUGGAGGGACACAGUGUUCGUUUAUUCCACGGACGACAUAGUGUACCCACUAGUAUUUUACCACAGAUGCCUUGAAAAUAUUGCUCGCAUCUGCUGGGAUCACCGGGUAAGUAAUAGUGAGGUUAGACGGACAGGGUAUUAAGGAAUGGUGGUAAAUCAGUUGAUGAGGUUGUGAAUCUUCAUCGACUGAGAUGGUUGGACCACGUGUUACGUAUGCCCGAACAUCGAUUACCACGACGUGCAAUGCCAACCGGUGUAGGGGAUGGUUGGAAGAAAGUUAGGGCGGUCAAACAAAACCUGGCAUCAGUUCUUGAAGACACUAACAUCUGGUCUGAGUCAUUUUGGUAGAUGCAGACUACUUGUUUGGGGUCCGCGUGACUAUCGUAACCAAUGGUUGGAGACUCUCAAUGACAUGGAUCAGGAUCGAUCACAAUGGCGUAGGUGUAUACACUGUCUUCCCUUGAACUAAAAGAUUGAAAUCGCUUCAUAUCUUUCUUUCUACGAACUAAUUCUUUCUUACUGUACUAUAUCCUUAUAUGCAAUUUUUCUUUUAUAUAUUACCACCUCUGAAUUAACUACUUUUAUGAAUCCGGUGUCCAUCUUGUUGUGUUAAUGAGGUAUAGCAACUUGGACCGAUGCAUAUAUGUGCCUAGUCCUACGUUGUAGCUGACUAGUGUACCCACCGAAAGAAACAGGAUUGUGUCUAGGGAGAUUAAAUGUUAGUAGUUUGCAUUUACUAAUAUUUGGUAGUAACUAACUCCUGUUACCUAGUAGACUAUCUUUAGGUGUGGUAUUUACUUGGAUUUUUAUUAUCUUCACUGUCUUUUAUAUUUAGGUUUGCUUUGUUUUCGUAGUUAUUGCUUGAAUAAAAGUGUCAGAGUCGGUACGUCAAUUCGUUGCACGUUGUUGUGACGUGAUUCUGCUUGGAUUAUUCACGUGUAAGGAUAGGGACAUCAAUGCAAUAGUUAUUAAAAAUGUCUCAGUGAAAUUGAACAAGGGAAGUUAAAAUAAUCAGAAUAAAUGGAACGAAAUCGCAGUUAUUGAUAGUUACUGCUCCACCAAAACCAGUCAGCUCUUUCGGAAAGUAAAUAUUGUUUAUGGAAAGUUAGAUAACUACAGCAAGGUCGAUGAGGAAUUCUUUUAUGAAUCAUGUCUAAUAACUUAGGACAACCUCUUGAACUUUGCCUACAGAGUGAUGAUAAACUAGCGAACUUCAGUCCAAUGGACCUGGUAUUGUACGACUGUCAUAAAUUAGAUAUAAAAGCUUCCGAGACGAUAGUUAGGCUAACAUAUGCAUGAUGAUGCAAUGUAUGUUGUGCCUUAUCACACAUAUUGCAAUGAUACUCAGAUUUAAUCUAUGCGAAAAUACGAAUUUGGUGUUUUUUCAUUAUAAGUAGUAAUACCCGAUAACUACAGUAAUCCUAACAUUUCAUACUGGUUUGGCAAUUAUUCUGUUCUUUGUUAUAGGUUUGCUAAUCCAGACGUGCGUUUUAGGUCUACUGUUAUAUAAGUAUUCCAGACUUAUACUGUUAAUUUAUUUCAUCGAGGAUAUUUCCAUCUGGUCCACACAGGUUUGUUUACAUCCCCUUAAGCCUCGGAUACACACUGGUGGGAUUUUGAUCUUGAACCUCCUCUACGUUAUUUUUCCUCAAUAACUGAUAUUAACAAAAAACAAAUCACGGCUAACCUAUGAAAAGUUGUCUGCAGGUAUAUUUUUGAGUUUACAGGAUCGAAUGUUGCGUUGAAUGGAGCAAUCAGUCAUAGUAAUCAAAGCCUACAUUCUGGGUUAUAUGGAUAUGUUAAACAAAUCGUAACCACGUUAUUCGAGUAUGAGGUUCAAGUCAAGUUAGUUUAAACAUGUACUGUUCAUAUUCUCGGUGUACUGUACUUGCUGUUGUAGGGGUGGGUCAAAAAACCAAACAACCAAACCGGAACAGUAUCAACUUAGAAUUUCUAGCUAUUUGUUUGACCUGUUUGAUUGGUAUCUUCGAGAUCAUCUGUGCUUAUGUCUGAAAAUUAGUAUGACUGGGAAUCAGUCUCUAGCCCAAAGGGGGUAAGUAGUUCAUUCCUAGUUUGUCUACCUAUACUAGGUCUCAGCUUAUCAUUUGUCUAUUUUGCUCUUAUCUUCCCUAUUGGUCUUCACCAUGUCUCAGCUAGAAUCAGCAGACAUUUUUUGCAUUUUUCCUAUCACGGAGACCAGAUGAAUAGUCUUCACAUUUAUGGCUAUAUUUAUUAUUUAUUUCAACACAUAGAUAUUGAUACAAAGAGGCACCAAAUACACAUGCGCCACACAAAUCUCAUUCGAUAUGUGUGAGGGCUGUGAUACUGCCCGGGUGCCCAAACCGAAGCAGGAUUUAUUGCUAAAUAAGAUAUCUAGCUAAACUCUAAACACCACGUGGCAGAUUUCUCAAUUACAAUGAUCGGUUUUGUAAUUGAUGGACAUAAAUCAUGUAGGCAUCUGGUAACAGCUGCGGCUAAUUGCAAAAAUCUUCACUGUGUUUAAUUAAAUUGCGAGAUCUGGUUUAUUAUGCAUCGUGUCAACCUAUGAAAAGGGGUAAUCUACACUGAAGUGAGUAGUUUAUUUUACCAACAGUAUAUAAUUGUUCUAUAGUUAUCAUGUCUGAAAUAAAAAAAUUUAGCAAAGCAUUUUGGUAUGUGAUAUUUAGGGGAGAAAUAUAUUGAAUAUUUAUACUCCUGGAUCUUAAAGACUUAUAUAGUCAAGCCACUUGCUUUUAUUUCCUUAUAACUUCUUAGCGUAAAAGAUGAAUCUAAAGAAGUAAUUCGUGUAAACUGAUUGUAAUGAUUCGAAAAGGUAUCGUUUUUCCAAUUUGUGCAACUUAGCCGAGUUAGCACAGAUUCAGUUAGUCAUGAUUUAGUGUUGCCAUUUUUAGAACACAAUAAAAUCGUUUCCUUUCAUUGGUUUCACAUCACUUGGAUACAGUUAUUAAGUAUUUAAAUUAUCAUUGAGUGAAUAUAGUUUACAUACGAGUUUUAUAGUUCUACAUUUUGAAAACGAAGUAUCUAUAUCAAGUUAGAUGCAAUGAGAUUUAUGCAUUUUGUAUGUAGGAAGAUAAAUCUUAAGCAAUUAUAUGAAGAAAUUUAGCUAAAUAUAGAGUUGUAAUGCUGGAAGCUACAGGCACACAUUAGGAUAAAUAACCAGUAAAUGAAUUCUGUGAUAAGUAGGAUGUUUGGACAUGUAAAGGAAAUAACAGUAGGAGAUUUGAUGUACGGGUGAACUUGAACUCGUUUGGAAAGUCAGGUGAUGCACUCUUAUUUAUUUAUUUGAACACAUAAAUAUUGGUGCAAGAGGGCACUAAAUAUAUAUGCGCCACACAAAACAAUGGGAAUUAUAAGUGAAGAAAGG